ACUGAAAAUUUCAAAACCAAAACAAUGUAAUGUGCGUUCUACGGGAUAUAGUUGUUCCGUGGUUUUGAUUUCUGCGAUAACAAUUGGCCAUUAAAUAAUUUAAUGGAGAAUUGCUUGCAAAAUGCAAAAAACAAAGCAUCGCAUAUGCAUGGUGUCAGAUUUCUUUUAUCCAAACACUGGAGGAGUAGAGAGUCAUAUCUAUCAACUUUCCUUGUGCCUUCUUAAAAAAGGACAUAAAGUAAUUAUAAUAACUCAUGCAUAUGGAAAUAGAAAGGGUAUUCGCUAUUUAACAAAUGGAUUAAAGGUUUAUUAUAUACCAGUGUGGGUAGUUUAUAAUCAGUGCACUUUACCUACCUUAUUUACGACUUUUCCUUUAGUGAGAUAUAUUCUUCUCAGAGAAAAAAUCUCAAUUGUUCAUGGACAUUCAGCCUUUUCUGCCUUAGCUCAUGAAGCCAUGCUUCACGCAAAAACAAUGGGGCUUAAAACUGUUUUCACUGACCAUUCAUUAUUUGGAUUUGCUGAUGCAAGUGCAAUUAUCACUAAUAAGCUUCUUCAAAUGACACUUAGUGUUUGUAAUCAUGUUAUAUGCGUUUCGCACACUGGGAAAGAAAACACAGCUUUGAGAGCUAAUGUCCGACCUGAUGUAAUAUCGGUUAUUCCUAAUGCAGUGGAUACUGCCAUUUUUAAACCUGAUUUGAAUAAACCUCUACAAUCAACUAUUACAGUUGUUGUGAUAAGCAGACUUGUGUACAGAAAGGGAAUAGAUUUGCUGGCUGGAGUCAUCCCCGUAAUUUGUUCCCGUCAUUCAAAUGUGAAUUUUCUUAUAGGUGGAGAUGGUCCCAAAAGAAUAGUUUUAGAAGAAGUAAGGGAGCGAUAUCAGUUGCAAGAAAGAGUCACUCUCCUGGGUUCUGUCAAUCAUGAAAAUGUUCGAGAGGUGUUAAUUAAAGGUGAUAUCUUUUUGAAUGCUUCUCUCACAGAAGCAUUUUGCAUGGCAAUUUUAGAAGCUGCUUGUUGUGGGCUGCAAGUUGUAACUACAUCAGUUGGGGGAGUUCCUGAAGUUUUGCCACCAAAUCUUGUAUGGUUGACAGAACCCACUAUAGAAGGUUUGAUAGCAGGACUAGAACAAGCCAUGCAUGACAGAGUCUGUAAUAAAGUUGUUUCUCCUGAUAUUGCCCACAAGAUGCUAUCGAAAAUGUAUCAGUGGAAUGAUGUAGCUAGACGAGUUGAAAGAGUUUACAAUCUUAUCAUGAAGGAACCAGUAGACAGUCUUUCUUGUAGAUUAAAAAAAUUUUGGAUGCAGGGCUAUAUUGCUGGUGGUUUUUUUAUGCUUCUACAAACCAUAGAACACUUACUUUUUCUUUUCUACUCCUGGAAAGUACCUGAAAAUAUAAUUGAUAAAGCUAUUGAUGUUCACAUGUAAUGAAGUAUGUGAUAUAUAGAUCCCAGGAAACGUUUGUUGGAAGCUAUGUACAAAAUUCUUGGAAGAAUAGUCUCUUUUGUUUUUGGAAGAAAGUUCUUUUCUUCCUCUCAUCGUAACUAAAAUUCAUCAAUAAGAGGUGUGGCAUCUGCAGGUGUUGAUUCAAUCACCAUUGGACUAGGUGAUCCUCUCAUCGGUGUCCUUGGAGUACUCUGACCUCUAUUCAUGGAUUCCUGGCUUUUCUUGGCCCACUGUUCAGCCAUUCUUUUCCAGUCUUGCGUAGUAACACCAGCACUUCUGAAAAUAAUAUAAAAAUUUAAUUAUUUGUUAAUCUUAUAAGUGUUGUGUACAAAAGACCCUAAUUUUUCAAACCAAAUUUUUUUUAAUUACGAAGAAUGUAAAUGUUAACAUUGAAGUAGAAAAAAGGUUAAAAAUUUUCCAGAAUGUUUUAUAUUUGUUACGAAUACCCUAAAAAUUAUUCAAUCGAAUCUGAACUUUGGGCUAUGCAGGGAUUUAUAAGCAUUCCUACAAUAAUUUUCUUGAAUUGAAUAUCAUUCUAGCUUGAAGAAUAAUUAGAUAUUUGAUUUCUCAUAUAAAGUUACAUAAUCAAAUCUUGGAUAGCACAUCACAGAUGCACCAGAAAUAAAGUGUAUAUUGACUUCAA